AUGGCAAACAAUAAGGACCCCGAACCAAAAGUGGAAUUUAGUGACAACAAACCUUUAGAUUCGAAGGGGUCUUCUCGUAAGUGGAAAGUGCCUCUCCUCAUUGGAAUCCUUACCGCCAUUCUGCUACUGGGUGCAGUUGUUUCUGUUUCAGUGUAUUUCUCGCAGAAGAAGGCAGCCCCAUCUCGAUUGGCAGACGUUAAUCUAGAAGAAGGAGAGACUCUGACCUACCGAGUAAAGCAGGAUAUAGAGAUACAAGGAGGCGAUACUCAUAAGGGUGUGUUUAUAUUUAAACGCUUUUACAUAUAUGUUUUCUCUAAACUAAGGAAUACAGUAUUUUGAAGGAAUCUAUUGGUUUAAUGCCUUAAAAUUCAUGUAUACUAAUCGUUAAAUAGAAGCUUCCUUUAAUUGAUUUGUAUAGAUUGUUUAAUUUUCUCGUUUUUAGUCUUUUUUUUUGAGACUCACUAACCAUUAUCUGCAAUCGUGAAAGUUUUGACUUGAAGAGUACUGACCUUGAAAAUAAUUAUAACUAGAUUACAAUGCGAAACUAGUUCCUUUACUUUGUUUUCAUCUAUCAGUAAUUGACAUGAUACAUCGUUUUCUGGCAGGUAAUAUUUCGUUUUUGAUCCAGCCGACUCUUCUGUUAUAAAAUCUACCACUUGUUUCUCAGUUUGUUAUCGUAUCUACUCACGUAAACAAGAGAAAUUUUAUCCUAGAGGUUCUUUGAUUCUUAAGACCUCCUACCUCAAGACGAGCGGAGAAGGGAGAGAGAGAAGGGCUUAAUUAGUAACUUUACUCAGAGCCAAAUAUGCGAGUGAUAAUUCAACUAGUAUUCUGAGCUGUCGCCCAGCUUCAAUGAAUACGGUAUACACUAUGCAUUCCUUUUUGAAAAACCUCCUGUAAAUAUCUAAAACGGAGACUGCAGGGGCUUGCAAGUACAACAAGAGCCACUAGAAGAAAAAUGUUACUUUUUAAGCCAUUUGUGUAUCAUUCUUAUUUUUGCCCUGAUUUUUUUUUAUUUUUAAUUUAGGGUUUUGGUUUGUUUGUUUACCUUAUUUCUUUCAAGGAGGAGAGCUAUCAGAGACGGGUGCUUAUCAGCGGGGGGAGGGGGUGGGGGCUUAGAACGUUUAUGGAAUGUAGUCGUGAUUUAGUGACCAGUCAAGGAGCUAUACAUGUUUUGAGUGAUGUUUUUUCGUGUUUGUGAAGAGGCAAAGUUAGACCAAAACGAACAAGGGUAGUUUAGAAUUUACGAUAAACAUGUGGGAUUGACAAUAAGAAACUUGAAACUGGUGUUUUGUCUAAAUUUUUAGAGGUGUCAGGACUUGCUGCUAACUAAACACAUUCUCAACUGUUUCUCAUUAUUUUAUUGAACUUAACAGGUACUAUCCAUGCCAUUGUUGCAAUACGAGUUCUAAAUAAAACAUCAGACGAGUAUUGGUUUGCUGUGAAAGUAAAUUUCUCUUAUGUUCCUGGAAAUGUGGAUCUACGAGAAGAGAAAACAAUGAUGACGGAUUAUUUCGUUGUGCGUCUCGAAACUUCCAGAAGGUAUUCAACUAAAUCAGUUCUUUCUUUUAAUUCUUAUGUUAAGCUUUAUAUCAAAAGAAUUAAUUUUCGUCGAUCAAGACCAAUUUAUAAGCUGUCGGCAAUUUCCUCGUCUCUGCAAAAUAUACAAAUAUAUAACUGCGUAAUAAUUGCAUGACUCUCCCAACACCCUCUCGUGCAUAUAUCAGGCUAUAAAAACAGGAAAAACGUCUUUUGUUGCUCAAAAAGUAGAGCUUUUCGGUAUGACAAAGUUGAAAUAGGGUCUUAGUUUUAUAACCAUAACGUUUUGAGCAUUUUUUCCAAAAGCACUCUCGAUAGGCAAAAUACUGUAUCACAAUUUUUUUGGUUCUCCCUAGAUUGCAGACUCAACCUGCAAAUAACGGGAGCAAAGAAUCUUUUGAACUUUACGGAAACAGGACAACAAACAAGGAAUUCAUUAGUUUCAUAUACGGAAUCCUUGAUCAGCUUCUUCCAACCUUGCAAAGAGAUCUUUACGAGGAAGUAGAUAAAGAAAAAUUUGGUUCCGUGGUACCAUUGAGCCCUGAGAGGUCUUCGCGGAUUCCAGGAGCUGUAAAUAUGCACAGGGUGGCACAGACAUCGGACAAGGACGCCGUUUUCAUCAACAAUCGUUUUAAUCGUUCAGAUUUUGUCAACUUUACAUCAGAUAUAGACAUGGACAUGACUUAUAAUGAUUUGGCCUCCAUAAACAAAAGCAAUGGAAUGGUAACAGAGAGCCAUGCCUUCUUGUCCGAGCAACUGAAGUUUGGAGAGCCGAUUCGAACCAAAAGUGGACCAAAUGUUACGAUGCUGGACGUGUCAGUAUCCAGUCACGUGACUCGUAUAGAGACCCACGCCUUUCACCUAACAGAGGCUGAAGCCGCUCAUAUCAGAGUCCAAUCAUUUGUGAAGUUGGUUCCACCGGAGUCCAUAAGUUCGAUCACGCCUUCUAAUUCGAGUCUCGAGUCAUCCACCAAUUCACCUUACACCCAGAACAUUUCCACACCCACCUCAACUCCGAAGAACAAAAGCCUUAUUAGACAAAAGAGGAGUUUAUCAGAAAAAUACGAGAAGGGAAUCCACCUUUUUCAGAAGGAGGUUAUCGGAAUUGACAUAUCGGGUGAGGCCAAAGUUUGGACAGAAGCGAACCUUAACCAGGGCAUCACCGUUGGCGCGGAGAUCAUCGUAAAAUUUGGGGCUGUGGCUGUGGAAGUGUUUAAGCGCACAUAUGAAUGGAAAGACGAGACUAGAGCCGAAGACCCACUAACGUUCUCACGACCUUAUUCAAUUGUAAGUAUACAAGUUCUUUAUUUUAAUACAGACAGGGUUAUCUGUGGAAUCUUUUGCACAAGAGCAGCUACUCUCAAAAUACUCUUCCCUACCUAGGAGUAUAAAUGGGUACAGGUUUACAAAAUUAAACUGGCAAACUGUUGGGGUAUAACUGCAUCUGUUCGUGUCUACAGGGGUGGAUCUAGAAAAUUUAGAAAUGACGAAAGUACCCGAAAAAGUUGGUGCGAUUUCAAAUCACUCGAAAACAAAACAUUAACGUCCACUUAAACAAGACUCUAUAAAAAAGUGGAGAAAGAUGACACAGCCUCAGUCUGUUAGAUCCGCCCAUGGUUAACGAAAUCAAGUUAAGCUCCACUUGCAUUAAUUACCGUAAAAUUUCGAAAAUAAGCCCUGUGGCUUAUAUCUUUCAAAGGCCCUUUUUAAGGGGCUUAUUUUUGGAAGGGCUUAUAUUCGAAGGGGCUUAUGUACGGAGGGAAAUUUGCAUUUCAAAAUCGAUUAAGCUGGCUUGUAGUGGGAUGGAAAUUUACCAUUUUUGCUUUGUUUUGCUUUGUAUUUGAGGUCAAAUUCCAAGUACAAGCCCCCCGGGAGGAUUAUAUUCGGAGGAGCGAUUUAACGGAGGGUUUUUUGUGUUACAAUUUUGGGGGGCUUAUAUUUGGAGGGGCUUAUACAUGGAGGGGCUUAUUUUCGGAAUUUUACGGUAUAUUUCCAAGGCCUGUAUGGGGAUACAAAGCUGUUUCAUAUCUAUCACAUGAUUUUUAAUCUUUUCAUCAUUAUUCAUCAUAUAACUGACGACUACAAUUAGUUCGAUAGAAACGUCACCUUUACAUAACGUUUGUUGAAGUAAACAAGGAACCUGCCUUUUGCCUGUGCACAAAAAGGCAAACAAACAACCUUUCGACGCCGGUUUUAAGUUCUUUAGGGAAGGAUAAACGUGACAAUGUUUGUUUUUGUUUGCUUUUAAGACCAGGGAAACUGUUGUAUACGGCGUAACACUUGGUGUGGAGUUCAGCCUGACGCUUGAAGCUUCGUUAGACUUUACCUUUUCUAAGAGUGGCUCAAUACUCAUUUUUAAGGUAUGUGAAAUGGUAAAUUGAAAGGGUAAUUGAAUACCUGAGUACCCAGGGGCCCCACUCACAUAUUUUAAUGACGGGGGUGGGGCCGACAGAGGUUCAUAUUUUAUACCCCAAAAAAUCCCAACUUCAGAAUUUGUCUACCCAAAAAAAUCCCUACUUUUUUUAGCAUACCCAAAAAAAUCCCUCAGUGUUUUUGCAUCAGUAAAUUUUAUUAUUUAUCUUCUGGAAAGCUAAAAACAUGCCAACUUCAACUUUGGUUUUGGUCAAAAACAAAACUACAAAUUGCGCUUAUGUUAUUUUUGAUUUGAAUACAAUUCCCCAAAAAAUCCCUCUGUUGUUUUUGCGACCCAAAAAAAUCCCGGCGUCUUUCAUAGACCCAAAAAAAUCCCUUUUGGCCAAAAUGUCGGACCCAAAAAAAUCCUUCGGACCCCCCUUCGUCAUUAAAAUAUGUGAGUGGGGCCCCUGGGCCUGAGUACCUGCUAAUAGCCGAAGCAACUUGAAUGGACUUGACUUGAUGACUUGAUGACUUGAAGACUGACCCAACUCCCCGGGCCCAACUCUUCCCUAAGACCAGUCGUUUCUGAGAGAAUCUCUCGCAAGAAUAGAUGCGACUUUCUGUCCGCCCUUCGUUGCGUGCCUCUGUGACCAGCUCCAGUAUCUUUUGUGCUUCUAACUAGCCUGUGCCAGGCUCUUGGUAAGUGCAGACAAGCAAAAAAAGCGGGCGAGUAGCGAAAAAGUGAGCGAAAAACGGAAGGAAGAGAUACGUGAGAGCUGGGAAGAAUCUUUUACCCACCACUACCCAUUUCCAGAAAAACCGUUUCGAACCGUUUCUUGUGUCAGAAUAUCAAAUAUAUAUUUAAACGAGAAGCCAGGAGGGAGUGUAAGAAUUUGAGAUACUGGGAAUACGAGACUCACGCUUCCAGCUUGUAAAUAUAGAUUGCUUUCUUCAAGGUCUUAAUAUUAUCAAUGAAUGAACUUGGACCUAAACUUCCCUCAAGUUCUGUGACUUUUUCAUACCUUACAACUGACCCAUUGUAGUACCAUCAGUACGUGACCUUGGUUUGUAGUAAUUGAAAUGCUUUUCUCUUAGAUGAAGUCUGUUGGGGAGGCUACGGCUUCCAUCACUGGAUUUGCUGGUGUCUGGCCUGUUUAUGCGGGAGCUAGAGGAUCUGGAACCAUCCUCAAACUUACUUUACCAGUUACACUAACAGCCGCAGAAGGAGUUCUAAGGGACGCGUCGGCCAGUCAUUCACUGGAUGGAGUGUGCAUCCAAUUUUGUCCUCAUCUCACUGCUUUAAAGUUAAGUGCUAGAUCUGUUUAUGGUGAAAUUGAAUGCGGCUGGUUCUGGUGCUCUUGGUCAGGCUGGAGGGAUUACAAAACGUUUUUUGAGUCGGAUGGUUUCGAAAAAGGAUUAGGCCAAUACAGGAAGUGCUUUCCCUAG